CAAUGUGCAAGGGGAAAGUGAGGUUUGAUCGCUAAGUGAAUUUACUUUCGUAUUAUUUCGUGAUUGAAAGAGCAAACUUUUAAAAGUUUUUUUGUUGAUAAAUUUUGAGCGGAAAAAAAUUAUUUCGAUUCGACAGACUUUUAAUACUGGCGCCACGGCGUAUCGAUUGCAAUUUGGUGCUGACGAAUUACUUGACACUCCAUCAGCUUUAAUUUGUUCUAAACGUUUAAAUGUUUGAAAUAAAUGGAGUACUUAUUUCCGAAAUGAAUAAUUUCUAACAUUUCUUCCGUAGCCAACACAUCCCCUUUCGUAAAAAAAUAUUUACUAAAAAAUUUGCAAGUGUUAAUGUGAAAAAUGAGUUUGCAUAUGCCGAAUUUUGGGGAUUAUUCACCACUUCCAACGAUUGAAAAACAAAAUGAAAUUUUAGAUAUUCUUAAGCGAGUUUUGUAUAACCAGGAGUUGUUGGACAAAAGACUAUCUGCUAUCGAAUCUACGAUUUCAGAUAACGGAAAGGCACUAAAAGACGACUUGAAUAAAAUUCAAAAUAAUCAAUCCCAGCUCAGUCUAAACCAGAAAUAUUUAUCACAGACCUUAGGGAUAAUAGAGAUCAAUGUAGCCAGUUGUACCCAGAAAACUCACUCUAAACUCUGGCCUGCACAUGCGGUUUUUAUGAAAAACAGGGGCCAACCUGUUUGCUAUACGUCUGGGGAGGCGGACGACAAACCCAUGCAUGUAAUUACACUACCUUUUCGUUCGUUUGCCGAUAUUAGGGCUGCGGAGGAUAGACUUAAAAUUCCGGAACAUGUUCAAGAACUGACGUCAAUAUUCUACAAACUGAGAGGAGUAUCUGCAGAUGUGAGUUACGUAAUGCAACAGGUAUUUUCGGAUGAAGUUCUGGAGCUGUAUAACUGGGAAGGAAGGUUUGAUAAGCAGCCCCUCUGUAAACUAUGGCUUGUGAACUCAAUACUGCGAGACGUAUUCAAAGAUCAAAGCGCAGACGAUUUUGAGAAAAACGUGAAGAGAUCACUUGAGCUUAGCCAUCACCGCUUCAAGCAGAAAUUGUAUUUGGAAACAAAGAAAAAUGAAAAAAUUAUUUUAAUUUGAGAAAAAAAAACUACAAUAAUAUUAGUUCGGUUUUAAGUUUCAUUUUCAUGUGUGGUAGAAUGUAAUUUGUUUUUAUUUGGUAAAAGUGUAACAUAUUUUAAGGCAUGAUUCAAUAACAGAAGGUUGUGUAAAGUUUGACAAUUGACGAGAAAAUAAGAAUUAGU